AUGGCCGCUCCACAAGGGGGUUACCCUCCCCAGGGAGGGUAUGACCUGCCAGGCUAUGGCUCUCCAGAUCCCGCCCUCCAGCAGCAGUCUGCCACGCCGCCGCAGCCAGCACCGGCUACCGGCGCUGGUGGCAAGAAGAAGCGAGCGUAUGCUGGUGAGGCAUUUGGGUUUGGUUCUGGGGCCAAUGCUGCCCUAGGAGGUCAGCCUCCCGCCGGGGGAGCUUACGGUGCCUAUCCCCCACAGCCUCCAGUUGCGGGAUACCAACAACCGGCCUUCGGCGCCGACCCAGCUCCAAUGCAACCGGUGGCACAAGGCUAUGGCGCUCCAGUAGAUCCGACUGUCACCCAGAUGACACAGCAGUUUGGUGGAAUGGGCGUGAGCGAGCCGCACCACAUGCCCCCAGCACCAAUGCAGCCCGCCGCGCAGCCCCAACGUCACGUCCAGCUCAACCAGCUCUACCCAACGGACCUUAUCUCCCAGCCCUUCAAUGUCGCCGAGCUGGAAUAUCCUCCUCCUCCCAUUGUCUUGCCUCCACAGAGCAGUGUUUUCGAGUCUACUACCGCCAAUUGCCCGCCCAAGUAUAUGCGUUCAACCCUGAACGCUGUCCCCACGAAUAACUCACUCCUCAAGAAGUCGAAACUGCCUUUCGCUCUAGUUAUUCAGCCCUACGGUGCGCUACACGACGCCGAAGAUCCCAUCCCCGUCAUUCCGGAUCAGGUCAUCUCGCGAUGCAGACGCUGCCGCUCUUACAUCAACCCCUUCGUUACGUUCCUCGACCAUGGACACCGCUGGCGUUGCAACAUGUGUAAUUUGACGAAUGACGUUCCCCAAGCCUUUGACUGGGAUGCGACACAACAAAAGCCUGCAGACCGGUCGCUCCGCGCCGACCUGAACUACAGCAUGGUUGAGUUUGUUGCGCCACAGGAGUACAUGGUCCGCCCACCGCAGCCGUUGGUGUACCUUUUCUUGAUCGAUGUCAGCUACGCUUCGGUGACCAGUGGCCUUCUGGCCACCAGUGCCCGUUGUAUUCUGGAGAGCCUUGACCGCAUUCCCAACGCAGACCGCCGAACACGCCUAGGAUUCAUUGCCGUCGACUCGAGUCUGCACUACUUUAGCAUUCCGCGCGACGGAUCGCCCAGCUCGGACCCUCGUAUGCUUGUGAUUAGCGACCUCGAGGAACCUUUCCUGCCUAUUCCGGGUGAUCUACUUGUGACGUUGAGUGAGUGUCGGGAGAAUAUCGAGACAUUCCUCAAUAAGCUCCAGGAGAUGUUCCAGAACACCCAAAACAACAGCUGCGCCAUGGGCUCGGCUUUGCGCGCCGGUUACAAAUUGAUUUCUCCCGUGGGAGGCAAGAUGACCGUUUUGAGCGCCUCGUUGCCCAACGUUGGCCACGGAGCGCUUACGAUGCGUGAGGACAAGAAGGUGCUGGGUACGAGCAAAGAGUCGGCCCUCUUGCAGACCGCCAACGCUUUCUACAAGAGCUUCGCCGUAGAGUGCUCCAAGGCGCAGGUCUCGGUCGACAUGUUCCUUUUCUCUUCUCAGUACCAGGACGUUGCGUCUUUGAGCUGCUUGCCUCGUUACACUGGUGGUCAGACCUACUUCUACCCCGGUUGGAACGCGGCUCGGCCGGAAGAUGCCAUUAAGUUUGCUCGUGAGUUCUCCGAGUAUCUUUCAUCCGAGAUUGGUCUCGAGGCGGUGCUCCGUGUCCGGGCCACCACCGGCCUUCGCAUGAGUACCUUCUAUGGAAACUUCUUCAACCGUAGUUCCGAUCUCUGCGCGUUUCCCGCCUUCCCUCGCGACCAGGCCUACGUUGUCGAAGUUGCCAUCGACGAAACCGUUGCCAAGCCCGUCGUGUGCCUGCAGGCCGCCGUUCUCCACACUACCUGCAAUGGCGAGCGCCGCAUCCGAGUCAUCACCGUCGCCCUGCCGACCACGACCAACUUGGCCGACAUCUAUGCCUCUGCGGACCAACAGGCUAUCGCCACUUUCUUCAGCCACAAGGCCGUUGAGCGUGCGCUGAGCAGCGGUCUGGAGCCGGCUCGCGAAGCUCUGCAGACGAAGAUCAUCGAGUUGCUUUCCACCUACCGUAAGGAACUCGCCGGCGGCAGCGUCAGUGGCAGUGGUCUGCAAUUCCCGGCCAACCUGCGUGGGCUACCUGUUCUUUUCCUUGCCUUGAUCAAGAACCUGGGUCUUCGCAAGUCUGCACAGAUUCCAACAGACAUGCGAUCCGCUGCUCUCUGCUUGCUCUCUACCCUACCUCUGCCUCUGCUCAUUCAAUACAUUUACCCCCGGAUGUACUCCCUUCACGAUAUGCCCGACAAUGCCGGUGUGCCUGAUGAGCAGAGCGGCGAGAUUGCCCUGCCACCUACCGUGAAUCUGUCCUCGGGCCGUAUCGCCUCGUACGGUCUCUACUUGAUUGACGACGGCCAGACUCAAUUCCUGUGGGUUGGCCGGGACGCCGUCCCUCAGCUGAUUGACGACGUGUUUGGCGUUCCCGACCGGAACCAGCUUCGCGUGGGCAAGACGACUCUGCCCGUGGUCGAAAAUGAGUUCAACCAGCGUGUGCGUGCGGUGAUUGAGAAGAGUCGGGACCACCGCUCCAAGGGAGUGGGCAGCAUGAUUGUGCCUCACCUCUACGUCGUUCGCGAGGAUGGCGAGCCUGGUCUGCGUCUGUGGGCUCAGACGAUGUUGGUGGAGGACCGGGCCGACCAGAGUGUGAGCUUAGACCAAUGGAUGACCACACUGCGGGAGAAGGUAUGCUGA